ACUUGCAUAGUUGUGAACAGAAUGACCUGCUUUAAGUGUCGUGUCUGAUUAAUUUUUCUUCUUCAAACAACUGCUAGCGGUAACCCAAUUCCCAAGUACGAUAUAACUUGUUUGAGUACAGAUACAAAACAUCUAAUAAUAGAUUUUCAACAUAAAAUGUAUUUUAUUGUCCUUCAUAAAUCUGAUUUGAACGAGGGAGCGUAGCCACCGAGUAUAAAUCAGAUUGCCGAGUGUUUUGAUGUUCUUUCUCUUUUGUAUCAUAGUCAAACAUAAAAAACACGUUCCCUGAUACCGCAAUAUGAAACCCCACAAAAAAGUAACCGAUGAACGAGCAUCUGAAUAUGAUAUUUCCAUCGAUAUCCCUUUCUCUGUCUUUCUCGUGUUUCGAUGCUCUUUCUAUUAAUUUACUUAGAAUAUAUAAUGUUUUAUUAUAUGAACAACUUGUAUAUGUCGAAAAUCGAAAAGAGGAAGUACAUGUUUAUCGCUUUGAUUCAGUUAUAUAAGGUCGAAAAUGAUUCGUCACUUUAUCUUAUCUUUCGGUCACAAAGACCAAUCUCUCAUUACGUAACGUUUAAUCGAAACGAAAACGAAAGUAGUAUUUUUUAACAGUGCAAAUAUCAAACUGUCGUUGUUGUAACACUGACUUCCAAUAUUACUUUCAAUAUGACGAAGGAAAGCUAUAAUUGUUAUUUAAUAUAUAAUAUAAAUGAAGGUGACGGGACUAAUGAUAGUUCACUCGCUACCAGUUUUGUUUACUAUUUAGACAAGAAAAUAUGUGGGUGGGGUUUUAAAUGCUACAUUGAAGAGAGGGACUGUUUAGGAGGAUCAAACGUGUUUGAUGAACUGUUUAAGAAAGUGUCAGAGACAGAGACAUAUUUAGUUAUUAUAACGUCAGAGUUGAGCGAAAAUUAUUGAGCUAAAUUUUGCAAACAAACUGUGUUUAUGAACUUGUUACACGAGAAAAAAAACAACACAAGAUGAUUCCAAUCACUCUUAAUAUCAGUGAUACAGGAUCACUGAAGGAGUUGAAUGUCAAUGCCGCUAUUCAUAUAAAAGGAUCAAAAACAGAGGAAUGGGACAAAAACAACGAAAUGAGCUGGCAAAGACUGAAAAGGGUAUGAGAUAUCGAUCGUGGACCGGAAUUUCAAGUUUUAUUACUAUUUAGAUAAGAUAUGGUUAUAAAUCUUAAGAGAAUGAUAGAUAGACUUACAUAAAUUACAAAGGCUUAUAAACACUUAAGAAACACAUUUAUCUUGCUGCCACGGUAGAGAUGACACACUAUAUGUAUCAAAUGACAAUACAAUAAAUGCUUAAAAUAAAAUGAUUUAAUAACAUAAAGUAUUCAUAGAAUAUUGAAUUUUUAAUGGAAUAUCCCACUUCUUUCGAAAAUUCUUUGCUUUAUCAAUAAACAAAAACUUGUUAUCUAGCAAGUGAAAAUAGUUGAUUUUAAAUAUUCAAUGUGUUUGUAUACAAUAUUGAAUUUUGUUACAAUAAACAAUGUGUAUUCGUUUAGUUGAUUUCUGAGAUAUCAACAAUAACUACAAUAUGUAGAAAAUCAGUCUUUUAAACUAAGCACAUAAUUAUUUAACAUAUUUUUCCUAACAAAGGGCCUCCCAAGUAUGGUCUGUGGUAGUAUGCAAUCGUUGAUGUCUAUGUGUCAAAGUACAUUUGUAAUAAGUAUCCUUAGUGAAAAAACAAAAUUUCUUCAAAUCCAAGAAAAUAAAUUUCUUUAUUUUCAGACACUUAAAUAGAGAAGGAUAAAGGUAUGUUGGAUUCGAAUAUAAGUUGAGAGAUAUUUCAGUAGAAUCAAGUUUUAGAUAAAAAUGAUAAAAUGAGUAGUACACGUGUAAGUAUAGAAAUCAUACCUACUCGUUAGUCUAUGUAUUAUUGUUUUUUUGUCACCAUUAAUUUUAGUGCCUCGUCAAAUCCGAUAUUUCAGAAAAGAUGCAAACUAAACAGGAAUCGCAAAUUUAACGAUGACUUUAAUUUAUAUAUCUAUAUCUACUCAUGUAGUGUAGUGUAUUUUAUUUUAAAACGAGGUGACGAAGAGAGAGACAACAAUGCUGUUUACAGCUACAAUUAUGUCAAAUAUUCCUUUGUUUUCUUCAGGUUUAACUCUUCUCCUAUACCGCCUCCAUGGUCGAGGGGUUAGAGUCGAUGAAUAGCUCUCCGGCGUGGGUUCGAUCCCCGGGAGAUGCUUUGGUAGUUUAGCGCGGAUGAAGGCUAGUACUGGUGUAACUCUCCAGGAACGAUGGUUAGGAAACUACCCGCAUAUAUGUCUGAAAUACCGUUGGGAAAAGGCGUAAAAUGAAACAAAAAAACAAACAAACAAAAAACUCUUCUCCUUUUUACACUACACAUUUUCUUUGUAUAAACUGUGACUUUAGGACGGUUUUGCAUCAUGUGUGAGUAGUUUUGAAAUAUUAUUUGAAAGCUUUCUGGCUUUUCUCGAUUUCUUUUCAUUUUCAUUGAUGUCUACUGUGUCUCUAAAGGUAUGCUUAAUAAUUAACCUCACAGCUUUGUUAAUAAUUACAAGUCCCUUUAAAAUAAAUGUUUGGCUUUCAAAUAUCCAAAUAUUGUUCUUAUUUAUUUCUAGAGCAGGGCAACGUUUCAAAAGUAGGUUCAGAAGAAAAUGCACGCUGUUCAACAGAGAAAUCAUCUUUCAGCAUUCCUGACAAGAGACACAGCAACAUGUCGUUACCACAUGACAGUCAAGAAGAAACAAUAAAUCAACUAGACAAUAAAGAAUUAAAAAUAAAUACUGUAGAUAGGGCACAAAAUAUGAGCAGAUUCGAGAAUUUGGAUGAUGCUGACCUAAGUAUCGAUACGGCAUCAGCUGAAACUGACAAUCCUAGACCGGAAACUAUUGGUGGAGAUGCAAGUCCAAACAUUUCUAGGUCUAAGAAUUCAGACCUUGAUGUUACAUCUCCUCAAGACGAGACAGAUUUGAAAUUACAUGAUCAACGUCAUCUGAACCAUAUUUCAGAACAGAAUUUUCUUGACUCCGGUUAUACAACACUAUCUGAAUCCAUCUUGAGGCCGAUAUGCAACAUUGAAAAUCGGCCAGAAAACCAGACCGAUGGCCAAAAGAUAAAACUACAAGAGAACAGCUCAUUUACUGAUUCCGUUCAAGUUAAACCACUAUUGGUGCUGUCUUCCUCCACAUCAAAUGUUAUUCGACCAUCUUCAGCUUCAUUUCCAAUGCCUUACAAGAAGAAAUCAAGAAAUACAUUGAGUAAGAUUGGAGACGUUCAGUCUUUAGCAGUGAAAUCCUUUUCUAACAGCGACCUAGCAUUUAAAUGAUGGUCAUUAAGCGAAUUAGGACGGUGUUUUGUAUCAGUCUUGUACAAGAAACGAUAAAAUAGGUCGACAUCAAUUAUCCAAAAUACAGAUAGGCUCAACAAUGAUGUAUUUCAUAAAGACAACUAAGAUUGUACAGAAUCUUUAUGUACAGUUGGAGAAUUAUCAUUUUAUGACGGUAGUAUUGAAAAUGUAUUACUUUAUAAAUAAGAUUGGAUAAUCUAUGCAUCAUAAUUGAAGCAGUUGUUUAAGUUAUACAAAUCGGGACGUUGUUCAAAUUCCAUUUUCAACACACUUGAUUUAAGACACGUUUCCUGACGUUUAAUUGAUGCCCUUUUUCGCUUCCCUUGCAACAUAUUGUCUUGUUUAUGUACAGUGUCCCGCUGUGAGUCAUUCAAGUUUUUAUAUACUCAACAAAAUCAUUAAAAGAUCAGUUAGUAAAAACAACAGUUGAUCAUACAUUUGUACCGUUUUGUACACAAUGGGUGGGAUAAAUAAAUUUUAAAUUGUCAUAUCUAUAACUCAAAUUUCCACAAAAAUUUCAAUUCAGUACAGCAUGUGCCUUUUUCGUGGUAUAAUAACUGCUUGGCAUCGUCUUUUGAAGCUCUCAAUCAACUUUCUAAGUUCAGUAUGCUGACUCCUUUUCCAAUUCUGUUCAGCUCACCCACUGUCUGGUUGGUUGUUUCGGUCUGAUCAUCGACGUCUCUGUAUGUUCCAUGCAUCUUCUAAUAAAUUUUAAUCCAGAGACCAUGCGUUUGGUUCCUUCCUGUCCAGGUACUCGAUUACCACCAAGGAGCGAUGAGGUCUGGCGUUAUCAUCAAUUAGAACAAGGUUUAGUCCUAUCGCUGUGGCGAAAGGCCUAACAAUAUUGAUAAUUAUCUCGUCUUCACGGCAAAUCUAAGAAAUGCUGGUCCAUAUCAAGACUGAUUCUUCCUAAAACGAUCAUGCUCCAUCACAGAACAGAACCGUUGGUUGCUAGUUCUCCACGCCCGUCUGCUUCCAUCAUGAAAGUCUUAAAGUAGAAUUAAGAUUUGUCUGUUUUGGAAAUGUUACGCAAACAUUGACUUCCCAAGCAUUGACAUGCCCCACAGCAGCAUCCUGAACGCCCUCUGUUUGCGUGUUGAUAUUUUUGGUCAAAACAAUUAUGUUUUCUUUUAUAUUUUUUUAUAAUUUUUGAUCAUGUUGCUUUGACAAUAAAUCUGAUGUGUAAGACUCUCUGAAAAUGCUUUCAGUAUAAUUUCUUUCAAAAAACACAUUUAUUUUAAUCCCUUGUCAAAACAACUAGUUGUUCUAUUGAAAUGUUUGCAUAAAUUAAAGUGUGACUUAUAAAUGUUCAUAAUGGUUUGAUUCUUUAAUCAUUUUUUUGAGUUUUUUUUCGUUCGGUCGUUUGACAACUUGUAUGUAAUAUUCAGGGAUCAUAUUAUCUGUUUUACUUUAAAAAUCCCAUUUUAUUAUAUUUAGCUUUGCUCAUUGUUUUCUCGAUAAAAGCACACCCAUUUUAGCUCGUCUGUUUCGUGAAACGUUCGUGCUAUGAAAUGAUCGCUGUGUCAUCGUUGUCAUCAUGCAAAGACUUUUUAAUGUAGCCCAUUACUCAAACAAUUUGAAAGGCAUCAAUUUGAAACUUUGAAUACUUGCUUAUCAUGACAAGUGGCAAUUGUAACCUAUUACACAUGGGAAUUAUUUUGAAAGCCAUAUUUUUAGUGAACGUCCAUUUUAAACUAGAAUUGAAGUCAAAAUUGCAUUUAAGUAAUGAUUUCAAAACUAUAAAUGGCAUCACCAUGAAACUUGGAACGCCUAUUUAUCUUUACAAGGCACAGUUGAUAAACAAUUGGCAGUAUUCCGAAAUAUUCCAUGUUUUAAUUUCUAAGCUGUUUUGUCAGCAAUGCUUAUAAAGUUGAAUGAUUUCAAAACUAUAAAAGAUUUCAAAGUGGAACUUGGAAUCCUUCAUGAUUAUGAGAAUGCGCAGUUGAAAAACAAGGGCCUUUAUCCUGAAAACAUUAUAUUAGAGUUAUGCAUAUUUUAAACCUAGAAAAAAUGUCUUUUAAGUAGAAUGAUUUAAAAAUUUGAAAGAUAUCAACAUGCAUAUUUGAAUACUUAUCGUCAUGACAUAACAAGGCAAAGUUUAAACACAAGAAUUAGUGGCAUUAUUCUGAGAGAUAGUUUUUUAGAGUUGUGCCCCUUUGUAACAUAAAUUUUUUAUUAUAAUCGCUAUUAUCGACUUGUAAAUCCUUGAUAAUCAUGAAAAGGCACAAUUGUAAAACAAUGGUAAUUAUUCCAAAAGCUAAAUGUUUAGGAGAUAUUCCUUUUUGAAACUUUUAAUAUGCAUUAAAAUUAAUCUCUUGCUUUAACACCGCAUGCAGUGUUUUUGUUUUACUUGAGGACCAUACACCACUUUAAAAGAGUUGUCACUUAUUUGUCAAAUUGAAGGUUUCAUGAUAUCCGCUGUAUGAACACAUCUACGGAUGUUUCUAAAUUCAUAAUUUUACCAAUUAAUGUUAAAUGUGAAAAUUCUGUUUAAACCCGAGCUAAGCCUAACAUCAACAUUUUCAAUUUUGUAGUUUUGAACGUUCUCUAGGAAUUACCUUUUUAUAUAUUUUGCCUGUGUAGCUGGAGAAAUGUGGGACCUAAGUGGUGGCGUUACGGAAACGUUGCUUUCAUGUUGAAAAUUACCUUUCAGUAUAUAUAAGUAUCUGUUGAUGAUACGAAAAUACACAUUACAUAAAAAAAUUGAGUAAUUUUCAUUACCAACAAUAAACAUAGUUUUCUCUCUCACUGUCUUCAAAUAAAGACAUAAAAAUUCUCUAUAAAUCUAUCCACAUUUAAAUGCAUUGAUACUUUUAUAUAAAGGCUUGUUAAGAAUAUUUCUGUACAGAAUAGUUUUGUAUUUUUAUAGUUUGUUUUUAGACGAAAUUUACUGUUUAAUUACCUUGUAUUGGUAAUUUUCAUUUUUAUGUCAUAUUUUAAAUUGCAAAAGAGUGUUUGAAUUGACCGUUGAAACUGAUGACAUGUGCUGAUAAAUUAUUGUAUAAUAUCAUCAGAAAAAAUAUGUAUUCAUUAUCUUAACUCAACUCGCCAUUAGUUUAUAUCAUUGCAAAGACUUAACGAAUAUUUUGUUUUCAUACUUAACAUAUAAUCAGGUUAUAUGAGAUCAUUCUUGAUCUAUAAUCGGAAAUAAAUGUAGUACAAUUUAUUAUAAGUUUAUAUUCUAAUGACAUGUCUUUCCCUUUCCAGUGUUUGAUGAACAUGUGUUCUAUCCAGGUUUUCAAAAUACAAUGUACUUUUUUAUUCCUGAACUGGUAAAUAGCAAAUCGUUCUGUUCACCCAAGGCGAUGUAUUUUUCGUUUUAAAAAAAAAUUGAAUAUCAUUUGCAAAAUUAUUUGCAUAUCGAAAAUAUUGGCGAACCCAAAGGACGAUAUUGUGAACUCAGUUUAAAUAAAUUUUGUGACUAUCAAUUACGAUGGUGUCAUGUUUAACCCAGUUGUUAUUGUGUGAAAUAUUUUUGCAAAUUAAUGAAAUUUUCAUGGUAAACGGGUUAAAAUGGAUUAACACCACAUUUUGUUACAAGUGCUAAAAGUCUUAUCUACAAUUCUUAAAAGAUAUAUGUAUUACAUUUUUGUAUUAAAAACAUGGAAGACGAAAUGUUUUUUGGUAUUGAAAACAUGGAAGACGAAAUAAAUAUUUGUUUAAAUCAAUAUGUAGCAUUCUUUAUUUUCCAGUCUGCCAUACAAAUAUGAUUGUAUUGAAUU